AAAAGGCUAGCAUGGUGUUCAGACCUAAAUGAAGAAAUCAAUACGGUGCCUUGCCCUAGAGAAACUUACAUAUGUAGUUAAAGGGAAAUAUAACACCUUUGCAGAGAUUUGGAGCUCAUGUAUGGAGUUUCUGGAGGGGGAAGAUUGUGUUGUACCCCUGUAGUCUACCCUUUUUUUUAAUUCUUUUUUUAAAUUUUUUUUAUCCAAACUUGUUCCACACAUUUGUAUAGUUGGACUGCCUCCUCAGUCGGUAAAAGUCUUGAGCUGAGGCAGCUGCAGUGAAUGCUCCGGAGUCAUUUACUGCUUCCUCAUCGUCCUCCUCUCACUGCACUACCGAAAAGCUGGACUGAUCAACUCCAGCCAUGAGCUAUGAAGACCAAUAUCUGAUGUUUAAGGACCUUUUCGAUGAACCCUAUAACAUGACUGACCCAAGCUAUGUGGUCAGUGAAACUGUCCAGCUCUGUGCAAAGCAGGCUGUCAACCAGUUUGGUGCGAGAUUCAUCCCAGUUUUCUACUAUACCAACUUCCUCCUGAGUUACCUUGGUAAUGGGCUCGUUCUCUACAUUAUCUACAAGUAUGAGAAGCUCUGCACAGUGACAAACAUCUUCCUCCUGAAUUUGGUCCUCUCCAACCUUCUCUUUGCUGCCAGUCUCCCCUUCUGGGCAACCUACCAUCUGUCUGAGUGGAUUUUUGGCAUGGCUCUGUGUAAGAUGGUCAGCAGUGCCUACUUCAUCGGCUUCUACAGCUCCAUCCUUUUCCUCACACUCAUAACAUUUGACCGAUAUCUUGCAGUGGUUCACGCCGUGGCAGCCACUAAGAGCAGGAAAAAGGCAUAUGCCAUCAUUGCCUCAGUGGCAGUUUGGUGCAUUAGUAUCGUAGCGAGUGUGAAAGAACUGGUCCUCCAAAAUGUGUGGAAGAGUCCGUUUAAUGGCCUGAUAUGUGAGGAGUCAGGAUACCCUGAGAGCACCAUGGAGCGUUGGCGUCUCGUCAGUUAUUACCAACAAUUCCUGCUCUUUUUCCUCCUUCCUCUGUUCAUGGUGAUGUACUGCUACAUCAGCAUCACUGUCCGCAUCCUAUCCACCCGCAUGAAGGAGAAGUGUCGUGCCAUCAAACUCAUAUUUGUCAUCAUCUUUACUUUCUUCGCCUGCUGGACACCCUACAAUAUUGUGAUCCUCCUUAGAGCUAUUCAGAUCUCUCGCCCCAGUGAGGAUGAUGACUCGUGUUAUGAUGCAGAGAGCAUGGACUUUGCUCUGUAUGUAACCCGGAACAUAGCCUAUUUGUAUUGUUGCAUUAGUCCUGUGUUUUACACAUUUGUUGGAAAGAAAUUCCAGGGCCACUUCAGAAGGCUAAUGGCUAAAAGGAUCCCCUGUCUGAAGAGACACAUGAGCCUCAGCAGCCAGAGCACCAGAACCACAUCACAGAGGACACCACACUCUGCUUAUGAGUACUAAACAGACAGGCUCAAACCAAAUUUCAGUUUACUAAAUAUUUACUUCCUGCCAGAGUCUUAAACACUGUAUAUCUAAUUUUCUGUUAAAAGCAAUCAAAUAUUUUAACAUUAAAGGUGCAACAUAUUGGAUUCAGAGCAUCUCUCUCUCUCUCUCUCUCUCUCUCUCUCUGUCUGUUGUAAUCCCAGCUUUCCCCUGCUCUGUUUACAAAGCCGUGCUGGCCUCAUGGGCUUUUAGUGCCUAUGAAAAUUCAAGAAAGGAAUGUUACAAAAGAAAAGGAAAUAUGAUUGGUGACCAAUGUGUAAUGUUAUUUUUUUUUAAAACAAUAACCUGUCUGUCCCUCACUGCAUUCUGGCUCUGUACCCUCACUGUGGCCCUCACUCCCAAAUACAUCUUUAAAAAACUCAGUUGUAUUUUUUCUUUUAAAAAGGUUCAUAAGAUCUGUCUGUAGGAUUUAAUGGCAUCUUACAGUGAGGUUGAAAAUUGCAACCAACUGGAAACCCCUCUGCUCACCCGAACUACGGUGGUGGUAUUUGUUAAACUUAUAAGUAAAAUUAUAGCCUUCACUGUCUAACUAGACCGCUAAUCACGUCCAAAUCUAUCAUCUAAUCAAACUAAUCACUAUAGCAUAGAUAACAGGAUAUCAGCUCAACAAUAUUAACACAUGGUUUUCAUAACGCAAAUAGUAAAGUGUAAUGCUGCGUUCACACCAAAAGCAUUGCGAAUAUUCAAUUUAAAUUUGCGUAGUUUGCAACCAUUCGCGUGCAUGCAUGGGUUCUACUCGCGCGCAAAAUUCACAACACUUUUGAUGUGAAGGCAGCAUAAGGGGUAAAGCAGUUCACAUCAGAGUUUUCAGACAGCAGUAACUUUAAUUUCUCCUCACUGCCUUUAAUUAGCCAUGAUUGAGCUAGACCUGUGAUGGACCUUAUAUAAAAACACAAAACAAUAUUUAAUGUGACUGAGGAAAUAUCUGACCAAAAAUAUUGUCCACGAACGUGACCCAGAGAAAAGUAAUACUGAUGAUCUGUUUGAUGAGUGAGUUUCCCACAACAACUUGUAGUAUGUCAGAUCUUUUCUGUGCAGUUGAUGACACAUGUCAUUUCAAUCAGGGAGAGACCAGUUAGAUAAAGAAAGGAUACAUGUUUAUUGUUAACAGAUAAUAUGAAAUGAUGAAGUCUCAGAGUCUUUGGCGCUUGGACUCUACGGGGAGAUUUGCAAUUGAGGGCCGACUGCCCCGAUCAGCAACGAGAUAGAUCCCCCCGUGGAGUCCAGACCUGGUGGUGAUGAGCUGAUAGAAUGAUGAGUUGAUGAAGCUGAUGGAUCCGUGACGACUGGGCGGAGAUGGGGAGGUGGAGGGGUGCGUAACAGCAACAUGAAUGAACUGAAGCCACUGCUUGGCUGGCUCAUGGCUUCCCACAUCUUUUGUUCUUUUUGGCUCAGCCAGCCUCCUUCCAUGGCCCUUCUGAUGCCCCCCCUCCUCUUUUCUCCUCCUUCCGAUUCAUAGAUUGUGGAGGUCUGGAUUGUGGUCCAUGCCUACUACUCAUGAUUCAUUAAUUUCUGUCAUAUUCAUUAAAUGUGUUGGAACUCUGUUCACUCUGUAUACAUGACAUUGGUUGCUCUCCUGAAGGUUUCUUCCCUUUUUCCCUGUAAAAGUUUUUUUUCCUGUUCUGGGUCAGGGAUGUCGUAAGUGUACAGAUUGUAAAGCCCUCCGAGGCAAAUUUGUAAUUUGUGAUAUUGGGCUAUACAAAAUAAACUGAAUUGAAAAUGUAAUGUCAAUGUGAGUUGACCUCCAGAAACCCAGUGCAGGGCAUAUGGUUUUUGCAAAGUAAUUGUUGAACAUAACUUUUCUUGAAGACAUUUAGUCCAUAUUUCUAUGGGCUGAUGCCUAAAAUCUCACAAUUCUAAACAGAUGCCUAAGAGUGUUCCAAUCUUGUCAAGUAAAUUGUUGAAUGCAAAGUGUAUUUUUGUAUGCAUGUAUUUGAAACAUCUUGUAUAAAUGCUUUAAAAUGAACUGUGUCAUAACCCUUUAAUAAAUAUGCCAAUCAAU